AUGACUAUCUCAUAUCCUAUAUGUGUCUUCAUCGAGAGUCGCGAACAAGGAAGAAUAUCUCAUGAUUAUCCUUUCUAUCGCCUCGUCGAGGAGACUAUUCAGAAUGUCAUACAUUGCCCUGUUGUCUUGCGUCACAUGGCGAGGAGCACUCUCAAAAACCCCGACAAAGUUGCGGAGAAGCGCAGGGUUCAGGAGAUCAUCCAAUAUAUACAAAAUACCUGCCCCACAGUUUCUGGCAGUGACUCCCCCGCAAUAUAUUCGAAAUUCGUUGAGGUGCGCGCAUACUCGGGCUGUCACAGUGGCAAAGAUCCAAAGAGCAGGAAGAUUGCCCGAAAACACAUCUAUCUACAGAAGCGCUUAGUGGAUGACUGGGUGAAAGCAUCCACCGAGCUUACAUUAGAGUGGUAUCCACAUCGUCUCGAAGGAUUUCUCCUUCUGACCGUCUUCAUGAAGCUUUGCUUGGCACGUGGGCUCAUGGCUACGGUCAAACUUGCAUUUGCUUCAGAGGGCAUUGACCUGAAGGUUCAGGUUCAUAGUAGUGGUCCCCCAUGCUCGCUGGACAAUUUUCUCUCUCAAUGGAACGGUUGGCUCGAGUUUGACAAAUCUGCGUUUAGCGAGGCAUUGCCAUAUCACCGCAGAUUGCGCUCGAUAGCAAUUUCAGACAGAAUUUCUGAGCUUGCUCUUGGUCACGUCCGCAUAACAUAUGAAAGUACCGGUCUUUGUCGAUUGGCUGCUGGAGAUUGGACAGCAUUUCCGCCUGUGUGUCCCAUCCCCUACAAUGUGUUUCAGCCGCACUGCCUACGAAUGUGGGAUUCUCAACCAAUGGAAGAUCCUAACCCUACCGUGACCGAGAUAGAGACGACACUAAUUCCAAGCACAUCUAUGAUGGCACAUGCUGGGUGGGUUACCAGGGCGAAACAAGCAGAACUUGAAGAGUAGUGGUUGGAGCUUUCAUUCUAUGUCCA